GAACAAUGAGGGGAAAUGGGUUGUGUCAUGCAGCCAGGUAGCGUUUGAACCACACCGGUACCCGUAUUGUGAUGUCAUCGGAUGACAUCACCCGCAUCUCUAGUGAAGCGGGAGCGGCCCGGGGAUCACCGAGCGCUCGCUUGAGCCGAAAGAUUUCUCAGCAGCGGGGUCAUCUCAGAAUGCCUAGAUGAGGGCGAGUGAUUCCUGUGAUUCCGAGCUUCUCUCUCCAGUGGACCCCUGGGUUUCACAAGCAGAACAAUGUCUCAGCUGCAAACUGCAACUCACAGGACCAGCGAUGGUUGUCUGCCAAUACAAGUUUCACCCAGAAUGCUUCUGCUGCUCUGGCUGCAAGGCAAUGAUUGAGGAUGGAGAGUCAUUCUGUCUGGUGCAGGGCACCGCACUUUACUGCGGACCAUGUCACAAGCUGCUUCUCUUACGACCGCAAUUUGAGGGUCUUUGCAAUGAACCUGCACAAGAAAAGCAUGUUCACACGCUCACCCUCGUGCAAAUCCAUCCGCAUGUUGUAGGGAAAAGGGGCUUCUCUGUGUCGGUGGAUGACAUGCAGGUCACACAGGUGAGUCCUGAAGUUCGGAGCACGCUGCACCUCGGUGACCGUAUUGUGGAGAUUAAUGGAGCUCCUGUCAGCUCGUUGCCCCCCAGCGAGGCUGAUGAGCUGCUUUGCUGCCCAGAUAAGACCCUGCAGCUUCUGGUAGAGCGCAACCCAGCAUCAACUUCCCCUGAUAACCCUGCCCCCAAACCUUCUUCCUUGUGCACAACAGAUGGAAAGGCCUGUUCAGAGGGCACUAUCAAACGCAGCUCUAUCCGUCGGAGCAAUAGUAACAGCCGUUCCCCGGGACCAUGCUCUCCCAAAGACCCCCGCUCUGUGUAUCGCUCAGAGUCUCUCCGCUGUGCUGUUGGACAAACUCAGCAGAUUUUCCGCCCAUCUGACCUGCUGCACGGAGAAGAACUGGGCAAAGGCUUCUUUGGACGAGCUAUCAAGGUCACACACAGGGCCACAGGCAGGGUGAUGGUGAUGAAAGAACUAAUCCAAUUCGAUGAACAGACUCAGAAAACGUUCCUCACUGAGGUGAAAGUCAUGCGCUCUCUGGAUCACCCCAAUGUGCUACGUUUUAUUGGGGUUCUGUAUAAGGACCGUAGGCUGAACCUACUGACUGAGUACAUUGAGUGCGGAACGUUGAAAGACUUCCUGAGAGGGGAUCAUUGUCCUUGGCAGCAGAAAGUCUCUUUUGCUAAAGACAUUUCAUGUGGAAUGGCGUAUCUUCACUCCGUGAGCAUCAUCCACAGAGACCUCAAUUCACACAACUGUCUAAUAAAGAUGGACGGCACAGUGGUUGUUGCAGACUUUGGGCUAUCACGGCUUAUUGUUGAAGAGAAGCCAAGGCCUGCCCCAGAACGCCCACCCACCAAAAAACGAACAUUGCGCAAGAGUGACCGCAAGAAGCGUUACACCGUGGUGGGAAAUCCAUACUGGAUGGCACCUGAGAUGUUAAAUGGAAAGCAUUACGAUGAGAAGGUGGACGUAUUUUCAUUUGGGAUUGUGCUGUGUGAGAUUAUUGGACAAGUAUAUGCUGAUCCUGAUUGUCUGCCACGCACAUUGGAUUUUGGUCUGAAUGUCCAACUCUUCUGGCAGAAAUUUGUGCCCAAGGACUGUCCUGCUGGCUUUUUCCCACUGGCCACAUCCUGCUGCCAACUUGAACCCGAUAGAAGGCCUGACUUUCCCUAUCUGCAUGAUGCAUUUACAGCAUUGUCUCUAUUCCUGGGAGAGCUGGGGAUCCCCCUCCCUUCAGAGAUGGAGUAUACGGAGCAGAACUUCAGACUGCAGUAUGGCCUCGUGCAUGAUCAAAGUGUAUCCCAGGAAAACAAUCAUUCUUAAGGAGCGAAGGGCACCAUUGACAUUCUGAUUUUACAGAGAGAAACCAUCUCUGCAUGUUUUUCUUCCUGCACUUUGAAUCAAAGCCCUUAUUUUCUCACUA